AUGGCAAUAAAUAAAGUGUUUUGCAAAUUUGAGGGCCUGACAGCUAUUGUGUGCCAGCGCCCUGUGAAAGGAGCACAGUAUCAUUCUCAUUGCGGGCAUUGCCAAUUUUGUGAGCCUAGAGCACUGAAGGUCAAGAUGGCCGACGCCUCCGAACAAACACAAACCAACGAGCAACAGCCGUGGACACCCACCAAAGGCGCAAACGGCGUCCGCACUAAUGGCCGAGCAUUCAACUCAUCCAACUGGCGUGUAAAGAGCGACGACAGUCCCAGCGCUAGCAGCCCUCGAUUCAACAAUCAGUCCGGCAACAACUCCCCUCGUUCUCCCUUCAACAAGUCAUGGCAACCAGUGCCCCAGUCAAUUACCGAGGGUCGACGGCUCUAUGUUGGAAACAUGCCCUACACGGCCAAGAGGGAGGACGUGGAGACCAUCUUCGAAGGAGGAGAAUAUUCAAUUGAACGCAUUGAUAUCUCGAUCGAUCCUUUCACAGGCCGCAACCCAUCGUACUGCUUUGUCGAAUUAGCCACAAAGGAGCAAGCCGACCGCGCAAUGGUGGAAUUGGAUGGCAAGGAUCUUCAGGGACGACCCAUCAGAAUUAAGCCGGGUGUCGCAAAGUCGGCUCAGGAUCGCGUCUCAUCCACACGCUCUCCCCAGAGCUCUCCUUCUCGUCUCAACGACAACGCCGGUUCUCCUUCCACGCUCGUCGAUCGCUGGCAGCGCAAAGACGCUUCUCUUUCGAACAGCAAGCCAAAUGACAUUGAAAACAGCCGUCGCUUAUAUGUCGGAGGUCUCCCAAAAAUAAUGGAUAAGCAGGCUCUUGAUGCCGAUAUUCAAGCCUUCUUCAAGGGAUACAACCUCGAGGCAAUCUCCAAGCUCAUCACUCCCCACCCUUCCAAACGCUUCGAGCCCGGUGACCACUACUACCUCUUUGUCGACUUUGCAACCAUCGAAGAAGCUGCCGCAGCCCAGACAGCCCUCGAUGGCCAGGACGGACCCUGGGGUGGAAAGCUACGGCUCGGAAGAGCUCGCGGCGAGUCUACAAAAAUGAUCUCGGACAGGCAGAAGUUGGCUUCUCAAAACGAAGACCCCGAAGCUGCUGCUGACUCUGCGGCGUGA